AUGGAUCAACUUAUUAUUGAAUAUAAAGAAUUUUCAAAAUCAAUUGAUUCAAAUGUUCAGUCUUUAUCGAAAUUAUCACCUAAAUAUAUCAACAGCUUUACCAAAAUUGAUGCUGAAAAUAUAAUUAAAAUGAUAGGAAUUGAUGAUUCGGAUUUGCUUUAUAAUGAAGUACAAUUAUUUAAAGAGAAAAUUUCUGAAUUUGAAACAACUACUGUUGCAAGUAAAUUUGUUCAUGAACGAAAAACAUUACUUCCUUCAUUAACAAAAGCAUAUCAAUAUCUUUUAACAUUACCAAUCAGUGUAGCAAGUGUAGAACGUUCAUUCAGUAAAAUGAAGAUUGUGAAAAAUCGAUUGCGUACCACCAUGUCCGAUGAACGUUUAUAUUCAUUACUAUUGUGUACAUUAGAAUCAUCAAUUUUAGAUCAAGUAAAUAAUACAGAAGUAGUUGAAAGAUGGACAAAAAAUAAGACUGGUCGUCGAAUUUAG